ACGGGAAGGCGUUGGGAUUGUGCCACGUGAUGGGAACAACGCUCCGGUAGAACACGAAUUUAUAUUUCAUAUAGUACCUUGCGAUGUGUUAUCAUUAUCAAUGUUGUUUUGUAUCUCGACAUCGCAUCACCCGAUGGUUACCCUACCAAAUCGAUUCAAUCGCUCUCGUUCACACAUACUAUCUAUAUCGACGUGUGUGUGUGUAAAGCAUGAAUAUUGAUAUACUAUACGCAAACCGAACGAACUCUACAUAAAUAUAUCCGUUCGUACGGCAAUGAAUAAACCGAGUGCCCGGGAUAACCGCGGUCACUGUUCAACCGGUGUUUGAAUCCUCGUGCGAGAGAUUCCCACGUGAGUUUACUGCAAUAGAAAAAAAAACAUAAAAGACUAAUAAACCCCAGUGCUAUGAAAAAUAAUGAGCGACGAAUAUCGACGGGGAAUUGAGCGGAUAUGUUACUCGUCGUUUUAUCCCUACAAUCGCGUGCAUUUCAUCUACCGGAUUUGAGGACGUUCUGCUGGAGGGCGAUGGUGCACCUCCCUUAGCUUGGAUAUGGUAACCAUGAGCUCCGAAAAAUCCGCCUGCCGGCGCAAGCCGGCGGAGAGUAACGGCUCCAAAGGCGCGGGUGAACGUGGUGGUUCAAUUAGCAAGGCUAAGAAUGUCAAUCAAAAGAUCAAGAAAGAAGAAGGUAGCACGACGACGACGACGACGUCGUCGUCUGGGGAUAAACCAAAUGCUUCGCCGAAUGCUUCGCCGAACGCCACAGCCACCUGUGCCGAAGACAGUCCCAAUUACCUCGUUUACAAAAAGAUGGAGUCCAUCAUCGAAAAAAUGUUAGACGAAGACAACGGAGUUCCGGUCAGAACGGUCAAAAGCUUUAUGACCAAGAUUCCUUCUGUCUUCACUGGCACCGAUCUCAUUGCGUGGAUGAUGAAAAACAUGGAGAUCGACGAUCAAGAAGCUCUCCACGUUGCUCAUUUGAUGGCAUCGCACGGAUACUUUUUUCCCAUCGACGAUCACUGCCUCACUGUGAAAAACGACAACACAUUUUAUCGAUUUCAGACCCCGUACUUUUGGCCCUCGAAUUGUUGGGAGCCUGAAAAUACCGAUUAUGCUGUUUACUUGUGUAAACGAACGAUGCAAAACAAAACGCGUCUGGAAUUGGCCGACUACGAGGCAGAAAAUCUCGCAAGACUCCAGAAAAUGUUUUCACGAAAGUGGGAAUUCAUAUUUAUGCAGGCCGAAGCACAGAGCAAAGUUGACAAAAAAAGAGACAAACUCGAGAGAAAAGUCCUCGACAGCCAGGAAAGAGCUUUUUGGGACGUUCAUCGGCCAAUGCCCGGUUGUGUGAAUACGACCGAAAUGGAUAUAAAAAAAGCUUGCAGGAGCAACAAACCGAUCAUAAAGGCGAGUCGACAUUUGCAACUAGGAGUAGCAGGUGGACGAAUAUCGCCAACUCACGCGGAUCAAAGUCCAAGCCCCUCGGUCGAAAACGUUAGGAGAGAGAUCGAUAUGUUGAAACAAAGACUCGACAGACGUAACAUCAAAGUAUCCAAAGUUGCGGAAGCGCUCAUCGGUUAUUUUGAACAAUACGUCGAAUACGAUCCAGUGUUUACGCAACCCGAGCUUGGUAAUCCUUGGGUCACGGACAGCCCGGAAAUGUGGGAACAGGAGAAAUUAGCUAAAGAAAUUUCGGUCAGGAGGGUAAAACGGUGGGCUUUCAGUCUGCAGGAGUUACUUCAGGAUCCCGUCGGACGUGAACAGUUCGUUCGAUUUUUAGACAAAGAAUUUAGUGGUGAAAAUCUCAAAUUUUGGGAAGCGGUUCAGAGCUUGAAAGCUUUACCACAGCGAGACGUUCAAACAAAGGUGAAUGAAAUAUGGAACGAAUAUCUAGGUCCUGAUGCGAGUUGUCCAAUAAAUGUAGACUCGAGGUCUUUCGAGAUGACAAAAAAGAAUCUAGACAAACCUGAUCGAUGGUCGUUCGACGUUGCCGCCGCUCAUGUUUAUCAUCUAAUGAAGACCGACAGUUACUCGAGAUAUCUUCGUUCGGAGAUGUACAAAGAUUACCUUAACGGUUCCAAGAAAAAGACAUCGGUAAAAGGAAUUCGUAGCAUCGUGUCGUUUGCCGCUCGCAAAGAUACCGCUGCAUCCUAACGGAUCAAUCCCGGAAAUGAACGAAAUCCAUUGUGGGUCGUAUUGAUCGCUAAUAAUCGCGCAGAUGAAUUUCUUACCGCUUGACGUUCGCAUCGCACACUGACACAUACAAAAACACACGAAUACGUGGGCGCUUGCCGGCGCAAACUCACCUCAUUCACACGAAAAAUGACCAAAAAAACGAUAAAAAUUCAUGAAAAACGUUGGAAGAAGCCACGGCUUACGGCAACGUUGAGGAUCAGAAACUUUGAAGAGCAGUUUCAUUCGUCGACGCUUAACCUUCAAAGUGACUCCUUCACACUUUCUUUACCACGUAUUUUGCCCACCCAACCAAACGGCCAUAAAAAAAAAAAAAAUGCAUGUACGGGAUGGACGGAAAGGGAGAAAGAGAAAUUCCUGGAUACUUAAAAACCUCAAGACUGGAAGAAAAUGGAAUGGAAAUUGGAGUUACGGAAGAUCUCGUUUAAUCGAAGAGUGAAUAUUCAUUCGAGCUCCUCCGAUGCAAUGCAGCAAUACGAAAGAGGCAAGAAAUCCUGUGGAGAGACGUGUGGAGCAGUAUCGAUCGCCAAAUGAGGAAGAAUUAUCGGCGCAGAGAUCGGCUCGUCGAUGGAAAUUUGAUUGAACCGAUCUUCAUUCAACGAUGAAUCAAGUCCCGUUGAGUUUGACAUCGGACCGAAAAGAUAACGAUCAACAUUCAUCGAUUUAUCGUCUUCAGGAUUUAGAAAUUCGCAGCCAAGUCCGAAAUUAACGGGAAAAGGUUGUAACGAACGAUACGUAGAUAAAGAUUCGGAGAAUAGUUUGCUCUGAAGCAAAUGCUCACAGACAAUUUUCAUUGUUCCGAUAAGAGCAUUACUUUCUUAAUCUUUUCAAUUGUUCAUGAAUUGUUCGCUCAAUCACAACCGCUUUUUAAAGGCUCGUUUCUCAUUGAUUCUCCGCAAUAGAAAAUUAUGGUUACUCAUUUUUUUUUUUUACAAUUCAUCAUAGUAAAAGUAAAGUUGACGUUUAGCUGCAGAAUGGGAAAUGAGCAUUUGGAAAAUAAUCGCGAACAUUUAUUGGAGGGUAAUGAAUUUUCAUGAAACAACCAUCAAGAUCGAACGAUUUUCUCAAUGAAAAGAAAUAGGCAAGAGUGUGCUUUUCGAUGUAUAUAGAAGAAAGAUUGUUCAAUUUUGAGAUUUCACAAACCUCCGCAAUCUUCGUAUUACAAAAAAAAAGCAAAAAUCCGAAAGCCUCGAUUUGGCAAAGACUAUUUAAUCAUGCGUACAUUUGUAUAGAUACGCAAGAGCGGAGAAGAAAAAGAGAUGAAAAUCGUAAAAUGUCCCCCCGAGCUUGUAAAUACGCCCAAAAAUUGUGAAAAAAUUGUGAAAAAAUAAUCCCCGGUGCUAUUUUAUCGAAGGCGCUGACUCACGAAAGUUGAAUAAUAUCAAGAUUGAAAAAUCUGAUCGCACAAAUAAGCAAUAAAUCGCGACAGCGAUUUUGAACGUGAGUCUUUCGUCGUGUUCCAUGCGAAAGAAUCACUUUUGCGUGUUAGAUGCGUGUACAUAUAGACUGGACUGUGCGUGUGUAUGCGUGCGUGUAUAGAGAAAGUAUAUCAGAAACUAGUUGACAAAUAAAAUUAAUGCAAAAAGGGAAAAAUGACGGAUUUGCGAUAUCAAUAGAAACGAUUAAGAUGAGAAAUCGAUUUUAAAGAAACAUACGCAUAUACCAUAAAUAUAUAUAUUUUUUUUUAACCAAUCAAACUCUGUUUCAUGUGGGGAGAGAAUUUUUUCAAACGUCUCUUUGAUACGCCGUUGCCAGUCCCUAAAAAAGGCAUCAACAUUACGAAAUGUAUAGAAGCGAAAAAGGGCGAUGAAAUAGUAUAGAAUGGAAAAAUGGCGGUUGUACAGUCGCGAGGCAAAAAGCGCUGAAAACACGGUGCCAAACGUAGGAUUUGCAUCGCGAUUUGCAUUGAGUAGUUUGAGUAAAAAACGAUGAGAAAGAAAAAACAAAGAUUAGAAUCUUUCAAAAUUCGAAUUCGCACGAUAUUUGAAAGUCACGUGCGCGUGUACGUAUGAGUGAGCAAAUUUUCGCAAUGUGAAAAUAAAAACACUCGCACUGUAUGUGUAUAGAGAAGGAAAAGAAGCAGAAUAUAACGGUUCUUGUAGAAAUUAUUUUUAUGUGAUCUCAUUAUUUGACGAUAGAAAAUAGCUGAUAAUUCGAAACAUGAAAAUAAACGAUUUUGUGAUCCUA